GCGCGCUCUGCGGAGGGUAUUUAAGGCCCGCGCACCCGGAGCCCAGAGACGCUUCGGGCAGCCUAGCUCGGCGCUUUCCCUCCCUUCCCGCCUUCGGCCGCGCCUUCGCCCUAGCGGCUCCGGGUCCCGGCGGCACGCGGCGCAGCGCUGGGCCAAGCAGAGGUGCGCGAGGUUCCGAAGCAACAGGUCGGGCGGCCGCGCCGUCCCCACCACCAGGUGGCCUCGCAGGUGUCCGGGCCCCGCCACCGCCCGCGGGAUGCGCCUGGGCCGCCGGUGCUCGCGCUGAGCCCGUUCCGCCCGCAGCUGCUGCGCCGCAGCCUCGGACUGAACUUCGUGGGCGUCGCCCCCUCCGAGACCGCGGGCCCAGGCUGGAGGGAGAAGCCCAGCCCGCCGCCGCCGCGAUGCCGCCGAAGGAGCCCGCUGCGAGGGCGGCCGGGCGGGAGCCGGGGCCCGAGGCGCCCCCCGGCCGGCGCUGUGCCCGCGCCGUGCCCCCGUGUGCCGCGCUCGCCACGGUCCUGUCUGUGGUCGCAGUGGCCUCGUGUCUGUACCUCGGGGCGAAGACCGGCGAGCUCCAGGCGAGGAUCGCCGCGCUCGAGUCCGCCGGAGAAGCCCCCUCCCUCCGCCCGCUGCCCGUCAGCCUGGAUCAGCUGAAGGCCGUGGUGCAGGAGAAGGUGGAGCGGCUGCUGGCUCAGAAGUCCUACGAACAUAUGGCUAAAGUACGAGUCUCGAGAGAAGCGCCUUCAGAGUGCAACUGCCCAGCAGGCCCUCCGGGGAAAAGAGGGAAGAGGGGCCGAAGAGGAGAAUCUGGUCCUCCUGGUCAGCCUGGUCCUCAGGGUCCUCCUGGUCCAAAAGGUGAUAAGGGGGAACAAGGUGAUCAGGGACCUCGGAUGGUGUUUCCUAAAAUCAAUCAUGGCUUUCUCUCUGCUGAUCAGCAGCUCAUUAAACGCCGCCUGAUUAAGGGUGACCAAGGCCAGGCAGGGCCCCCGGGACCCCCAGGCCCUCCAGGUCCCAGAGGGCCCCCUGGGGACACCGGGAAGGACGGCCCCCGAGGGAUGCCAGGAGUGCCUGGUGAACCAGGGAAGCCCGGAGAACAAGGCUUAAUGGGUCCUCUGGGGCCUCUGGGACAAAAGGGUUCUCUUGGAGCACCUGGGAUUCCAGGGAUGAAUGGGCAAAAGGGUGAGCCUGGGUUGCCUGGAGCUGCAGGACAGGACGGGGCCCCUGGACUAGAGGGAGAACCUGGAAAACAAGGAGAAAAGGGAGACGCUGGAGACAGAGGCCCCAAAGGUGACACGGGAGAAAAGGGUGAUCCCGGAUCAUCUGCUGCAGGAAUCAAGGGAGAACCUGGAGAAUCUGGUCGCCCAGGGCAAAAGGGUGAACCAGGGCUUCCCGGGCUUCCUGGGCUUCCGGGGAUCAAGGGAGAACCAGGUUUCAUUGGUCCUCAAGGGGAACCAGGCUUACCAGGGUUACCGGGAACAAAAGGCGAGCGUGGGGAGGCAGGGCCACCAGGAAGAGGGGAGCGAGGCGAGCCCGGAGUCCCUGGGCCGAAGGGGAAACAAGGCGAAUCAGGAACAAGAGGCCCAAAGGGGUCAAAGGGUGAUCGUGGAGACAAAGGGGACUCUGGAGCUCUGGGACUGAGGGGUCCCCCAGGGCAAAAAGGGGAUCCAGGAGCCACGGAGAUCAUAGACUACAAUGGCAACCUCCAGGAAGCCUUACAGAGGAUUACCACCUUAACUGUCACGGGUCCCCCUGGGCCUCCUGGACCUCAAGGACUACAAGGGCCAAAGGGCGAGGCAGGGUCUCCAGGGAACCCAGGAGUUGAUGGAGAGCAGGGACUCAAAGGCUCAAAGGGAGACACAGGGGACCCAGGGGUGCCAGGUGAAAAAGGAGGAAUUGGGCUUCCUGGAUUACCGGGUGCCAAUGGGAUGAAAGGAGAAAAGGGAGACUCCGGACUGCCAGGCCCUCAAGGUCCUUCCAUCAUAGGCCCACCGGGCCCCCCAGGCCCCCACGGUCCUCCUGGCCCCAUGGGACCCCAUGGGCUUCCUGGACCCAAGGGAGCAUCUGGCUUAGAUGGAAAGCCAGGAUCCCGGGGUACAGAUGGUCCUGUGGGACCCCAUGGCCCCGCCGGCCCCAAAGGAGAAAGAGGAGAAAAAGGAGCUGUGGGAGAGCCAGGACCCAGAGGGCCCUACGGCCUGCCUGGGAAAGAUGGAGAGCCUGGUCUUGAUGGCUUCCCUGGUCCUCGAGGCGAGAAAGGCGACCUAGGAGAAAAGGGAGAGAAGGGAUUCCGUGGCGUUAAGGGGGAAAAAGGGGAGCCAGGCCAGCCUGGCUUGGACGGGCUGGAUGCCCCUUGCCAAUUGGGUCCGGAUGGAUUACCCAUGCCCGGCUGCUGGCAGAAGUGAUGAAUUAACUUUCCAAGCAUGAAGUUGUAUAUAUUAUGGUCCACUUUCUAUAUUUAUAGUUGAAAACCGAACUGCAGAUUUUACAAGUCUGAGCUAUGUUUACAUAGAGCUGCUUCUUCCUGUGUGCUAUAGUACACACGCAUCAUUUCUCCACUUGCAUCCGAAAUUGGGCAAUUUAGGGAACCAGUGAGAAGCCUGCAAAGAAUAUAGACCAGUGUCCCUUACAUGAGGAUAUGUAUUUAUACGGACUUCAGUGAUAGACAGUGAAUGUUCUUGCUAUUUUCUUACUUUGAGCAUUGCAUGGGCUAAAAGCUCCAUGAAAUCGUUUACAUGAAAUUGUGACCAAAUAUGGACUCAAGGCUACGAAUGUGUACUAUUCCGACUGAUUUGUCUGUUGUCACCUCCACUCACCUUCCCUCCUAGCAUUGGCACCACUGAAUCUGACUAAAGAAAGCAUGCGUGUGCGCCCAACCUGCUUGCUGUGCAAACCCAGAUGGUUGCAUGCUGCCUGACCACCCCCUGCAGGCUCAUCUGAGCUUAUUCCUUUUGUCGUCUCAAGGGGGUUACACCAUGGCUUAUUGCCAAAAAGAGAUAAGUUGGCGGAGAGCACACACACGGUUGGUCUGAUAUUUUGAGGGCGUUGCAGAUCUACAGCUUCUGGUGUUAUGGCCUUCGGUGAAAUGCCAAGGGGCUGAGCCGAUGGCUGCUGCCAGUUUUCCUUGGGCUGCCCUUGCCAGUGAAGCCGCGAGAAGAAGAAUGGCUAGGCAUGCCGCACCGUCUCUCAUGUGACCACGUAGGAAAGCGGUUUACAGAGGCGAACACCCAGAAUAGCAGACUUUCUUGUUUAAUAAACUGGAUCCCAGCGAGCGUUCAUCUGGGUGCUUUUGGAAGUGACAGAGGCUGCGGCUCUUUUGGGACCAGAAGUCUUUGGGAUGGCCAUGCCGGCCUGAGGACAGAGGGUAUGCACGUGCCAUCAAAGCUCGAUUACUGAAGACGCGCGUCCCCAGGAAGCUCUGCCUCACGCCCUCCUGAAAGUCCAGGGGCUCCCGGACGCCUCUGCCACAGUCCCGUGGCAUCUUUUCCUCCGUCCGGUCCACCCAUCGCCAGCCUUUCCUACACGUUCUCGAGAGAAACGAAGAUAGGGUUCUCCGUUCUUUUCGGAUACUUUUUUCUUUUACUCGGAGGAAUAUUUAGAAAAUUUGUUUCAGUUUUUGUCAUAUCUUCUUUGAACAGUUUCCUAAAGGUCUUCAAAAUCAUACUAAUUCAGUGCCAACAGUCAAAUGACUUUUUACUAACAUCUUUGUUUUAGAUAACUGGAGAGAACAAAAAAGCUCCAAUUUCAGUUUAAUCAUUGUAAAGCAUGAAAGUUCAGCUUUAGUACUUUUUUACUUUUUUACAUGAUGAAUGUAAUAUACAUAGAGAUUAUCGGUUAAUAUAAAGCCAAGAUUUUAUCACCUUUGAUAACUAACUCAUUCUAUUUCUUAUUAUUGCUUUUUUAAGUUUUUCUACAUUUGGAUUUCUUUUUACAUUUCUAAGUGUUUCUCUUAUCCACAGACCAAAUCUGAGAUCUCAGAAAUCUGUGAAACAUAGUUGCCAUAAGAGUAGGAUUUUUUCAUCUACUUGCUCAAAAAUUACCUAACCAUGUUAGACUAGAAUUUAUUUGCACAGAAAGAGUUGGUGGCAGGGUAUGAAGUGGCUAAGUGGAAAGUUUACGUGGGGAGAAACAUGUUCAUGAGAAAGGCCACCCCACUGGCCCAUUCGAGAAUGUAACGGCCCUAAUGAUUCUGUACCAUGUUGUGGGAAAUGUUCUCAUUUUCACCCCCAGUGAGGAAAUCAGCUCACCAUUAGCUUAUGGUAACAACAGAUAAGAUAGAAUUCCAAGAUGAAGAUUUGUGACCCAGUGCUCAAUUAUACAAAAAAAAAAUUAUGACAUUUUCAAGGUUAGAGAGAUGUUUAAACUAUUAGAUCUGCCUACUUGGUAGUAAUUCUAGUAACAUUCCACAGCCCUAAGACAAUUUAGCAUUUUUAAAAUAAUGAGAGGGCAUUUUCUAACAAUUUUUUGUAUGACAUGCUUAGGAUAAUGUAUUAAUGUCUGAAACAAUUUGUCUUAAAUGGUUUGGAAAGAUUAAACUGGAGUAGAACUAUGUUCUCUUCAGAAAAACCAAUGAUAAAGUCUUGAGAAAAAAGUCUGGUGACUAUAUUUCUUCUAUCUUCCUUUCUAUUCCUUAGUAGAGAAGAAUCAUUAAAUUAAAAUUUGUAAAGCCUCCAAUGAGAAUACCUCUACAUCAAAAGAGAAGCAUUUCACAUAUAAAAAUGUUUUUGUACAUAGUCCUUUGAAGAAUACAAUCCUGUGGGUAUAUUGGAAUUUUGCCCUAUAACUAGCUUGACAACAUCAGUUUAUUCAAUGAUUAAAGGAAGCCCUAAAUUUCCAUUACAUUUAUUUCCUUGGGAAAAACAAAGGAAUGAUGAAACUCCUCUUUGUUCAACAGAAGUGCUAGGUCUUAGCCAGCAUAGAUAAUCUUAAACUUUAGGUUAUCAAAAUAUUUUCAAACAUCCAUUUUGUCACUGAUAUGGAGAAUCCUCAAAUAAGGUCCAAAGUAAUAAUGAAUUAUAGUUGAUAAAUGUGUUGGCAGAUUAACAUUUUUCUUAAAGAUUUCUUUUAAUUUAUAAGGUAGAGAACUGAGAAACUAUAGUGACAAUAAAUGAAGGUCAAAUUUUACUUCUGAUAAAACAUUUUUAAAGGAUGCAAACUGUUGUAUGUUUUAGCAUUAAAAUUUUUUUCCAUUCCUAUUGAUUGGUGCUAAUAUAUUAUUUCUUUCAUUUUUUUCUUUUAUCGAUAAUGCAACUUACUAUGGAUAAUUUCAUUUCUCUAAUUGCAUUCCUAAGCUUUUUGUGUGUGAUUUUAUUUUUAAAGUUCGUGAAUUUGCUGUAGUUAUGGUUCAAUGACCAGCCUUUCUUACUGUAAAACAGUGUGCCUAUGGAUGAUGUGUUUUUACUUGGAUGGUGGAUCCCCUUGGUUCCUGUUCAUUUCAUGCAUCAUAUGCCUUUAUAAACUUUUUUGGGGGGUACUGGGGAUCGAACUCAGGACCUUGCACUUGUGAAGCAGGCAGCGGAACCGCUGAGCUAAAUCCCUGGCCCGCCUUUAUAAACUUUUAUUCAUCUCGUCUUUUAACUUACAUAAUUUGAUUAAAAUUAAUACAAACUGUGUGCAAGAAGUCUGCACACUCCACAUAGAGUCCCUGGUGUGUCACACACCUAAACUACUCUUCCGGUUUUCACUAUCAAAAUCAGUCCUGGGGGGAGGGUUUCUUUUCUUGUGAUUUGGCAGAGAACAAUGGAAUAUCUGUCAUUUCUAUGAGUAGAAAAGUCUUGUUCUUGAACUUACAGUGUGUGCACAUGAUGUUCUACUGGGACAGCAAGAACUUACUCUUAAAGUGAUUUAUAUGCGCGUCCUUUGUCUACAGUAUGCGAAUAUAUCUGCUCCUUUGGAGAUUAGGAAAAGUGCUUAAUUUCUAAGUUUUAAAAUUUUACUAUUGAAGCAUAAAAAGUUAUUUUUUAUCCUUUUGCUCCCGCUACAUACAGUAUCAUCUUACCUAGAAUUCAUAAGCAACACAGAUGCUGAUAUUGACACAUUAACAAGAAAUAAAAAUAUUUUAAUAUAUAACACUACCAAAAAAAUUAAUUUUCUAAUCUUUGCAAACACUUGAUAUCUCUAGGAAGUCAAGGUCAAAGAAAUCUUAUCUUUCCAAAAAGAGUAAGAACCUAUUGUAUGCUGGCUGUUAAAAAACAAAAUCUCACAGCCCUAAUAGAAUUUCCAUGUUUGAUCAGUUAUAGUUCUGCCAAAUUGUUUUAGGACAUAAAAAUCUUCAGUCUUUACUUUCAAUUUUUCUUCACAUAUUGGCUAGAUUUGUUACAUGCUGGAAGAGAUAUUCCUCCAACUUAAAUUUUUACUGAUUUUAGUUUUUUGCUAAUCCAAUCUUAGUACAGUAUUUUUUCAUUAAAAAUACAUUAAAUGCAUAAAUUGCCUAUGCUGCUUAUUAACAGAAUGCUCUUUUGGAAAUAGGAAGACCUUUUCAAUCUUACUUGUUAUGUUUGAUUUAUCGACAAUAAAGGAAGUACCAACAGUUCCCAAAAUACAUUUGAUAGUCUCUCACGUAUCUCAGAAAUAUUAAUGAAUUGGAUUCACAAAAGAAUGUCUUACAUAUUUGUUGACAUUUAUGUGAAUAUACUUUAUAUUGUAAACGUUUCAUUCAACUUAACAUUUUUGAAAGAUGUAUCUGAUUUUUCUUUAGGAAAUAUAUUUUUGUGUUUUUCACAUUUUAAAGUUCAUCUUUAGGUGCAGCUAUUUUUGUUGCCAAACUCACAAAGUGGGAAACUCAAAAAAAAAAAAAAAAAUGGCAAGCAUUACAGAG